CCACAUUGUCGUCGUCGUCGAGCGCGCGCAGGGCGGGGGAGUGCGGCUCGCGCGGUGCUUGUUGUCGCAGCCGGUAACGGGCAGUGAGAGGCAGAGAGCCGCCAUGGCGGAGAACGCCGGCCUGGAGAACCACCGCAUCAAGAGCUUCAAGAACAAAGGGCGGGAUGUGGAGACUAUGAGAAGACAUCGAAAUGAAGUGACCGUUGAGCUACGAAAGAACAAAAGAGAGGAGCAUCUGCUGAAAAAAAGAAAUGUUCCACAAGAAGAGAGUCUGGAAGAUUCAGAUGUAGAUGGAGACUUCAAAUCGCAAAACGUAACACUAGAGGCAAUAUUACAGAAUGCUACCAGUGAUAACCCAACAACCCAGCUGAGCGCUGUUCAGGCAGCAAGAAAGUUGUUAUCCAGUGACAGAAACCCUCCGAUUGAUGACCUUAUAAAAUCCGGAAUUCUGCCAAUCUUGGUGAAGUGCUUAGAGGCUGAUGAUAACCCUUCUUUACAGUUUGAGGCAGCAUGGGCACUUACCAACAUAGCCUCUGGCACAUCUGCACAGACACAAGCAGUGGUUCAGUCAAAUGCUGUACCUCUGUUCUUACGACUUCUCCAUUCCCUGCAUCAAAAUGUAUGUGAACAAGCAGUUUGGGCACUUGGAAAUAUAAUUGGUGACGGCCCCCAGUGUAGAGAUUACGUCAUCUCACUUGGAGUUGUCAAACCGCUCCUGUCGUUCAUCAACCCCUCCAUACCCAUCACCUUCCUCCGGAACGUCACAUGGGUCAUUGUCAAUCUUUGCAGGAAUAAGGAUCCCCCACCGCCAAUGGAGACUGUCCAGGAGAUAUUGCCGGCACUGUGUGUGCUCAUCUAUCAUACAGAUAUUAAUAUUCUCGUGGAUACAGUGUGGGCUUUGUCAUACUUAACCGAUGGGGGUAAUGAACAAAUCCAAAUGGUAAUUGAUUCUGGAGUGGUGCCUUACUUAGUACCUCUUCUGAGCCACCAGGAAGUGAAAGUACAGACUGCAGCUCUAAGAGCAGUGGGUAACAUUGUGACUGGCACAGACGAACAGACUCAAGUGGUCUUAAACUGUGAUGUGCUGUCUCAUUUCCAAAAUCUCCUGUCACAUCCUAAAGAGAAAAUUAACAAGGAAGCAGUGUGGUUUUUGUCCAAUAUCACUGCAGGGAACCAGCAGCAAGUUCAGGCAGUUAUUGAUGCUGGACUUAUCCCAAUGAUCAUACAUCAACUGGCAAAGGGUGACUUUGGAACACAAAAAGAAGCCGCGUGGGCAAUCAGUAACUUGACAAUUAGCGGGCGAAAAGAUCAAGUGGAGUAUCUUGUUCAGCAGAACGUGAUCCCGCCAUUUUGCAGCUUGCUUUCUGUCAAAGAUUCCCAAGUUGUGCAGGUUGUUUUAGAUGGAUUAAAAAAUAUUCUUAUAAUGGCUGGGGAGGAGGCAAGUACCAUUGCAGAGAUCAUAGAGGAAUGUGGAGGUUUGGAGAAAAUAGAAGCACUGCAGCAACAUGAGAAUGAAGAAAUAUAUAAACUAGCUUUUGAAAUCAUAGACCAGUAUUUUUCUGGUGAUGACAUUGAUGAAGAUCAGAGCCUCAUUCCUGAAGCCACCCAGGGAGGUACUUACAGUUUUGAGUCAUCAUCAAACCUUCCAACGAAAGAAUUUAACUUCUGAGUGUUGCAGUGCAGCUUUUCUCUGUCCCACAAAGUAUAGCACCACCAGACAUCCAACCGUUGAAGAAACCCCAAGGCUUCAAGAUAGACACGCCUCUUCGUUUUGAUGCUUCUAAAGCAAAGCAAACCAUGUAUCUGUCACUUUGCAGUUGCCAAAUGUCACACUCACAUGGACUGUAAUUGCAUAUGCAUGAUCUCGGUUUUCUUUGAAAUUCUAACAGUCCCAACUAUAUUUUUUUACCUUUUCCAUUUGGCACCAUGUGCUGACAGCCACAAUUAUUCAACAGUUUUGUUAAGAUUAUUCCAUAGUGGUGGCUUAUCAGCUUACUGUGGAAAAGUAGCUUCUAUUGAAUCUGGUGCACUGUACAUCAAGACUUUGGUAUGAUGCAUACUUUUUUUUUUUUUCUUCUUUCUUUUUUUCUUUUUUUUCCCUUGUUCUUUUUUGGGGGGGAAGACUUCACAGGAGUUAGUCUGCUCUGAGCCUCCAUCUUCCUACAUGGACAUUUUUCAUAUUUUGUGGAACUAUAAAUUUAAUGAAAAACAAAAAACAAAAAAAAACAGGCAAGCCAAAAGAUUUCAUUCAUGAAACUGAAUAAAAGUUUAACUUGGGUGAUUUGUUGAAACACAUUAUGUUUAGAAGAAGGAAAACGACUUCUAUCUCUAAUUGGCAUUUGCUAAACUGCCUCGCGGGUUAGGGUCGGUAAAAACAAAAAAAGAGGAACUAAUUAUACAAAAGCGAAUUGCUUUGUAUUUUAUUACAUCAAGCCCUAUUUGACCACUUCAGCCUAUAUUUUCCUGCUGUUUUGGAGUAACAAGCUGUGCAUGGAAUUUACUCUGAGCUCUAGAUCCUGACAUUUAUAAACUUGAUUUCAAGCUGAAAGCAAGAGUUUCUAAAACUAAACAAUAAAUAUAGAAUAUUUUGCUAAAAAAAAAACCUCCUAAAAUCGGGGGUAGGGUGGGAAACUAAACCUUGCUUUCAACUUUUAGUGGACAUAAUAUAUUUUUGUUUUUAUCUAGUUGGACAUAGGUAAUUUUUAUUGGGGUCAAACUGUGGAGCUUUUCAUGUUUACUGUAAUUUAGUCUUAAACAAUGAAUUUAUACUUCGUAAUCAGUGCUUUUGAAAGUGUGGUUGACAACUCAAUACGAAGAAACCCCUGAAAGCUUUAUUCUAAGUAACACAAGGGUUUAUUCCUAAAAAGCUUGUAAAAACAAAAAAAACAGUGACGUAAUGGUAAAAUCAAAUGGGGCAUGUUUAAUCGCAUACAUAUGUGAGGGGACAGGAGUGGAACUCUAGGCGUAGCAAGGAACCAAGGUUCUAGUUUAAAUCUUGAGGGCCCAGUAAUGGAAUUCUAGGCGUAGCAAGGAACCAAGGUUCUAGGGUCAAUCUUGAAGACCCCGUAAUGGAAUUCUAGGCAUUGCAAGGAACCUAGGUUCAAUCUUGAGGGCCCAGUAAUGGAUUUCUAGGCCAAACAGGCAGUAUGGAUCUAGGUUCACUAGGAUAAUGAUGCAAUGCAGUUUUGCUUUUCAGCUGUACAGUGCUAUUCUAUUAACCUCCACCUAAUGUUUGUAGACCUAAAGCAAGGGUUAUUUAUUAAAUGGCAUGAACCCCAAUUAUAGUUAAAUUGUUUAGAAUCUGGUAAGAUGUUGAAAUGGUGUUACAUUGUGAAUGGCUUUGUUGCUUUCAAAAACUGAAAAUUUAUUUUGAUUGUGGUGAAAGCUUCAGUUGUCAAAGUGUCAAAGAAAGACAUGGUGCAACUGUAACAUGACGCAGUUUACUUGACGUCCCUAAAUAAUUGAUGUAAAGGGAUAGAUUUAAUUAAAACUACUAUAGUUAGCAGACUUGGGUCAUGUUUACUGUGAUAAUGAAAACAGAUUUUCAUCCAAGCCAUCCAAGCUUCGUGGAUCAGCUUUCCUUUACCCAAAUCCUUUCACUUUAUGAACUACACAGCAGAUGUGCAUUCAUUACAAUAUAUAUCUGCCAAGGUGGAGCCACUUUAAAGAGGGGGGUUUGUCUUGUAUUCCAAGAAUGAUACAAGCGUAUGUUUAAACUGCAAGAUUUUUACUUGCUAGAGAAUUUGUUUUAAUAUAGCGGUUUGGCCUCUGAUUAUUUAUAGGUUUUAUAAAUUUUAGAUUCAAUUUCUCUUUAAGGUGGCUCAAAAAGUUUUCAACUCUUGUGCACAUAAAAAAAAAUUGAGUUGAAGUUCAUUGUGCCUUUUUUUCUUCCCCCUCUCCCCAUCCUUCAGAGUUGAAGCUUAAUAUCGUAACUGCAUCCCAUUCACACAACACAAUAUAGUUAAAAAUUGGUUUUUUUUUUGUUUUUGUUUUUCUUUCUUUAAUAGUAAAACCAGGACUUGAUAUGGUCACAUUGUUUAAGACUAAGCCUCAAUUAAAAUUAGUAGUGUUUUUUUUUUUUUUUAAAUUUAAUCUACGUUCUAAUUUUCACAAAGGUUGCGCGGUUUGAAAUUCAUAAAACGUAUUUAUGUCCAUGAAGAGGAUGUUUCUUUCCAAGACUCUGUUCUCUCAGUGCUGCUUCUUUUGUGGGUGAUGCACCCCGUAAAACAGAAUUUUUUUGCAAAUUAUACCUUUUUAAUAAUUUUUUUUCUGCAUUAUAAAGCCUUUAAAGUGUACAUGACUACUUUAAAGCGCUAACCAAUUGUCUGGUUAGCUUUUCUCCAUUGUGACCUUAUCAAGUUUUGGUGGGGAUUGCAUCAGUUAGUUACAAGAAGAAGAAAAAAGAAUAUUGCUGCACUUUUUUUUUUCUCUUCAAUUUUCAGAACAGUGUUUGAAAAAAAUGCAUUUUUUUUUUAAUUUUUUUUUUUAAACUCUGUUUAACUAGACAAAAUGUUCUUUCAAAAGAGGCAUCAAAAUGUGUUCCUAAUUUUGUAUAUGGGCUUAGGUUUUGUAACCAAUAAAAAGCUGCUAUCAAAUACUA